AGCACUCCGCACGCGCCGAAGCAUCUGUCCCGCCCCCGCGGUGGUGCUGCAGCGGUGACUGGAUCCUUCGCUCCGGUUGAUGUGGUCCAGCUUCGGCAGUCCAGCGACUUCAGUCGUUCCCGACCAGGACCGAAGCAGGAGACGCUGUACCGUUCCGGAUUAAACUCUUCAGGAUGGAGGACUCCGAGGCGGAGCUGACGGUGUCAGAGGCGGAUGCCCUGGGAGCGGACUUCAUCACGGUGGAGUUAGACACGCAACCCAUCGAGUACGUGGUCAAGUGGGCGGACGUGGGCUCCAAGUUCACCAUCUCGUGCGUCAAGAAGGACUCAGAUGACCCGGAGCUGAGCGGCGAGCAACUGAAGAUCGAAACGGACGAGGCCUUCUUUGCGCCGUACGAGGAGGUGUACCCCUGCGAGGUGAUGGAGCAGAGCGUGGAGAUAAAGAUGGACUCUGACGAGGAGGACCACGAGGUUCUGGUGGAAGCGGGGAGCAGCCAGCUGGACGGUGAGGCCGACUCGGACCAGGCCCCGUUUGAGCCGGACGAGCGGCAGUACCGCUGCAGCUACUGUGGGAAGUGCUAUAGCCACGCCUCCAGCCUCUAUCGCCACCAGCAGACACACGUCGCCAAGACGGCUAACCUGGUGCCGUCUGCUAAGCGAGCCCUGGAACCCGCUCACCAGGAUGCUCGAUACACCUGCCAACACUGCGGCAUGAGCUUCAAGGGCAGCAGGAUGUUGGGGAGUCACUUGCGGCUGCACGGAAAGAGGCGGAUCCACCCGUGCAACAUCUGCGGCAAAGAGUUCAACCACAGCUCCAGCCUCUCUCGCCACCGUCUCAUCCACAAGAAGGGGAAGGUCCUUCCCAAGGAUGCCGGCCUCGCUCACGACACGCCCUCUGUGCACCGCUCGCUAAAGGUGGGCGCAAAGAACAAGAAAGUCAAGAGGCAAAGGCAGCCGUCGGCCAUGGUGCAGGUGGCGGGCAGCGGCAGCGACAAGUUCUACGCCUGCCCUCAGUGCGAGAUGAGUUUCCGGACGUCCACGCAGCUGUCCAAGCAUCAGGUGACACACGUGAAGGAGCUGCUGGACAAUUACACGCCCGGCAAGGAGAACCUGGCCGAGACCUCGUCUGACCUCAAGAUCCGCCUCAAGCUCUGCUCCCGCGACAAGCCCAACUUUUACACGCUCUGCAAGAAGAACCGGCGCCGCCGUGGAGGGCGGGUCGGCAAGCGGGGUUCCGCCCCCUCGGAGGAGGACGCGGGCGCGGCCGAGCGCCACAGCUGUAGCCAGUGUGGGAAGCACUUCAGCCACGCCUCCGGCCUGGCGCGACAUCUGCAGAGCCACCGGGCGGCGGAUGGCGUAGAGCGGGGGAAGGCCCGUCUUCCCGGCACCAAGACCAAGACCUUCACCUGCACCACCUGCAACAAGACCUUCAUGCACUCGUCCAGCUUCUCCCGCCACAAGAAGGCGCACCUGGACGCUGCCAUCGCCGCCGCCAUUGCCGAGAGGGGUGUCUUAGACGAGACUGCGCCGCUCGAGACCGACUCUGAGUGAUGUCACAUGACUGGUGGUGGUGCUGGGGGCAGGGGGGCAGGGCCUGCUCGGGGACAAGGUGCUUCGCGAUCUGGUGUAAAUUGCAGCAGGAUGUCCAAAUACGGUCAGAAGUGACAGCGCCCCGCCUCCCUCAGCCGCACUUCAUUUUCCAUCAGCCAACAGGAAGUGGAACAUUCCCCAGCUGCGUGGCGUUGACUUGUUUCUCCAGCCGUUAAAAGUUGCGCUAAAAGCACUUAACGUCGAAACUUUUUUCUCCAAAUGUUUGAUGUCUCCGCCCACUUCCUUCCCAAGUGAUUUGAUUGGCUGUUUCUGUUUGCAUGACGGUUUCCAACCUGCAGCGGCCAUCUUUGUAUUUUCUGACCACGGGGGACUUUUGGGAUAAUGUUGUCAUGUUCAAAAUAUACAAACGAUAUUUAAAACGUCACCGGCGAGGAAGGAGCCCCCUUGUUACCGUAGCAACACGUUUAUUCCAAGUUCAUCAGUUCCACUCAUUGGUGGCGUUAAAACUGCUGGUUGGAGCGUGGCGUGUUGAUGCUCGACUUUAACAAUCCCACAAAGACGUUAAGUGUAUAUAAAAAAAAAAAAGCUUGUGUCGUUCCCCUUUAGCCUCCAUGUUGUAUUGCAUCAGUGUCGUGUUUACUCAUUAGCGCAAAGCAGUUUGAUGUGUACUUUUUGUAAUAAAUCGUGAAAAUAA